AUGGUACACAUAACUAAUAAAAAGAUCCUCUACAUAACUGCAGGUUCCUUUCUUUUGCUAACGACAAUAAUUUUGCCAUUAGCAUUGAUAUUUCCAAAAUCAUCUGUAGAGUUUGUUGACCUGCAUUUAUCCGACAAUCUUCCCAAAUAUUACAGCAUUCAAUAUACGCAAAAUAGACUUCAAAUUAAAAUAAAUGAUGAAUUUUCUGAUAAAUUUUUCAUUAAGAAAGUCUUCAUGCCUAAUGAAACGACCGUUUUUGAAAUUGAAGGGAAUAAAUCAGCCGUUAUAAACAUCAAAUUUUCUGGUGAUACAUUCAAAUUCAAUAUCCUUGAUAUUGAAAAGUCUACAUAUACAGAAUACGAUGGUAUUCACAUAGAAGAUGACAAUUCGUGGAUCUUAUAUGCCAUUGGAUUGGUCAAGCCAUUUCCUCGUGUUGAAGUUGAUUAUUCUAUUGAAAAGGUGAACUUCCGUAUCUCAGAAAAAAUGCCCCUUAAUUACAUCCUCGUAAAUUCAAUUGACGGUGUAUAUUUUGCUUUAGAUGGCAUUAUUAAUCUGUCAAGCAUUGGAAACGUAUACGUAGACGAAGAUUUUGUACCAUUGCCUAAGGGAUCCAAGUUGAGAACAGUUCAUAUAAAUACUCAGUACAUCUUGAGUGUAAUUGACUUAUACGAUGGAUAUUAUAAGAUUUCUUACUCCAAGUUCGUUGAUCCUGUUAAACUACCAGUCUCAAUCUCAAGUGUCAUUUCCAUUAGUUCUGCCUUUAAAACAGUCAGCUUAAAAGAGUUCUUCAUGCAAUAUAUAUAUACCAUAAUCGAUUAUAAAAAUAUGUAUCGCUCUGAAUUGGUGAAAUUCUGGCUGGACCUUUCCAGUAAAAAUGUCUUUGCUGAUAUUGAUGUUUUGAUGUUAAAUGGAUACAUAUAUAUGUAUACCCCAAAUCCCAACUACAACAUUGGAGCUUUAACAGUCGGGGAGACGGUGUUGUAUCAAGGCGAUCCAAUUUCACGCUCUAGGGCCGUAUUACUCAAGAAUAUUUCCGGCGAAUGGUAUGCUAUGGUGGUCGAUGUAUACCCUCAUUUUGAUAUGAUCAAUCGCGGCCUUUCGCCCCUGAAAAAGAUGAAUGGUAUGGAUUUAUUUCUAGAGAAUUUGAACAGAGUGUAUUUAAAAAAAUUUAACCAUAAAUUACCUGAUGCUACAAGCAAACAAUUAACAACACUCUCUGAUGGUAUCAAAGAACUAGAGUUAAUUUUCGGAAGCUUUGACGAGUCCCCCAUCGAUGUUUACAACAUACGUAUAUUGACAGAUUCCGCUUUAACCCAAAAGUACUUGAAGGAGUAUGCGAGCAUUAUUAUGGACAUUGACCUUGAUGUGGAUGUUUUGCCGCCCGAAGUAGAAUGUAUCACGGGGGAUUUACUGCUGUUGACAACUUUGGAUCUGAAAAAAUUAGAUUUCAAAAUUAUUGGGCGUGUAAAAUGGGGAGAACAUAUCAUUGAACCCAAAGCCACGACUCUCCUGCGGUCAAUUCUUAUAUUGCACGUUAAUACCGGCUAUGUGUUUUGUGUCAUCGAUGUUGACAUCUACGCUAAAAUCAACGUCCCUGGCAUCUAUCGAGCGCCUGAUAAACUCCCCAAAUGGAUCAAACCCUUGCCGAUAAUCCCUAUUAUUGGAUUGAAAGAGCCUCUUUCUUGGGGCAUAUCAACUAUCCGCUAUUUUGCUAAGCAGACUUUCAUCAAAAACAAAUCUCUCACUAAUCCUGGCGUGGACAAUCCGAACUUAUCUGAAGGAGUCGUUCCAUCCGAUGAACAUAUUUCUUCGCAAUCCCAAAUCCAACUUUUGAGCCCACUAGCAACACCAUUUCAAGUGAUACAUCUCAACCAAUCAACCAACCAACCAAUCAACCAACCAACCAAUCAACCAGUCAACCAACCAACCAACCAAUCAACCAACCAACCAACCAAUCAACCAACCAACCAACCAACCAACCAAUCAACCAACCAACCAACCAAUCAACCAAACAACCAACCAACCAACCAAUCAACCAAACAACCAACCAACCAACCAGUCAACCAAUCAACCAACCAACCAAUCAACCAAUCAACCAAACAACCAAACAACCAACCAAUCAACCAAUCAACCAAACAACCAACCAACCAACCAGUCAACCAACCAAACAACCAGUCAACCAACCAACCAACCAAUCAACCAAUCAACCAAACAACCAAUCAACCAAACAACCAACCAACCAGUCAACCAACCAAUCAACCAGUCAACCAACCAAUCAACCAGUCAACCAACCAAACAACCAAUCAGUCAACCAACCAACCAAUCAACCAAUCAACCAAACAACCAACCAAACAACCAACCAACCAACCAAACAACCAAACAACCAACCAAUCAACCAGUCAACCAACCAAACAACCAAUCAGUCAACCAAUCAACCAACCAAACAAUAUAAUGGGAGAUAAGCGGGGCCUCAAAGGCGCUGAAACCAUGAGUCCUGCGCCCCUAUUCGUUGAAGUUGACAUCCUGAAAGAUUCUUUGGAUAGUAACUUAGAAGUAUUAUAUCAAGUUAGUGUUAAUGCUAUUAUGUUUGUCCGCGUCGCUAGAAACAUGGCCUCAAACAUCAUAAUUAAAAGUGUAAAGGUUGGAGAAGAUAUUUUGUAUUUAAAUGAUCGAAGACUUGACCUAAUUCUUGAAUUUACAGUUACUUCUCAACAGGGUUUCCAUAUGAGGAUCUACAAUAAUGAUGAUCGUACGGAGAAUGGUGUUAUCGGCUUUCUUUGUUCUUUCAUAGUUGCAGAUCAUAUUCCUAAGUGGUACAAUCCACCUAACUCACGCCGUUAA